AGCCAUAUAGCCAUGCCCCUGGACGAAACCUAAUUCACCAUAAUUUGUCCCCGUGGGCAUGGCAAAUCUCAAAAUAAAACCACAAUCUCGCUUUGACCAAGUCGACCACAGCAGCUCCCAAUCUUCCCAUGGCAUUUCCAGCUUCCUUCCAGUGCGCCUCACAGUCGCCUCUAGGUCGCGCCCUGUUUCAAUAGUCAGGCAUACUUAACAUCUCUGUUCCGCCGUGUUCAGACUUCAGAGACACGGUGUUCCCAUUGCAACCGGAAUCCAUGGUUUCAUUUCGCCAUGUUUCCUUCCCUUUCUUCCUAUGCCUUCUCUUCCUCAUAUUCCUUUCCCCUCCCAUGGCCGGCGAUCCCCUCCCCACGCAGUGUGGCAACAACGGCAACUACACGGCCAACAGCACCUAUGAGUCCAACCUCAAGCUCCUCCUCCCUUACCUCGCCUCCAACACUUCUCUCUCCGGUGGCUUCCUCAACGCCACCGUCGGCGAAAUUCCCAACCAAAUCCACGGCCUCGCCAUGUGCCGCGGCGACGCCAACGCCUCCGUCUGCCGCUCCUGCCUCAGCGACGCAAUCCAAGACGCCCCCCAGCUCUGCUCGUACAACAAAGGCGCCACCGUCGAGUACGACGAGUGCCUCCUCCGCUACUCCAACCAGCGUUUCUUCUCGACCGUCGAUACCUCGAUGCGGGUGUUCACGUGGAACCCCUACAACGUGACCGACCGCAACCGGUUCGACAAGAUUGUGGACGAGCUUAUGAGCAAAAUCACCGAUUGGGCCGUGUCCAACUCGACGAGGAGGUUCGCCACCGGGCAGAUGGUGAACUCUACCAAGGCUCCUUUUCCUGAGAUACAUGGGCUGGUGCAGUGCACACAGGACCUGUCGCCCAGCCAGUGCCAGCAGUGCCUCCAAAGUAUCCUUCAGCCGAGAUCGACACAGCUAGAGGGGAAGCAGGGAGGGAGGGUAAUCGCAGCGAGCUGCAAUUUUAGGUACGAGAUAUACAAGUUCUUCGACGGGGCAGCGACGCUAAGACUUGAGGAGCCGCUGGAGAACUCACCGUCGCCGGUGCCGGCGCCGGCGCCUGCCACGUUAGUGCCUCCACUUAUCAACCCUCCUAAUGAAGAAGGUAAGAGGGGUAAGAUUUUUCCGACAGGUACUAGCAAACUAGUUGCAAUAGCUUCGGUUUAUCAACGGUGACGUAAUAGGGAAUA